GGUAGACAAUGGAGGGAGGCGCGGGCGUGGGCAGCGUAGCUUCCCUUACGAUGGACUGCGAGGAUAUGUUUAAAGAGAUAACAAAGAAGCUUUACGGCGAAGAGGCGACUGUGGGUGUGGGAGUGGGCGUGGGCGUGGGCGGCGUGGUGGGCGUGGAGUUCCCCGCGGCCGAGCGCGACCUACAAGACGACGAGUUGCGUCCCGAGGAGCACAUCACCGCCUGGGGCCUCGCCGCGCUCAUGCAGAACGGAUUCCCUCCACCGGGAAUUUUACAGGCUAACUUCACACCCCGCACGGAUCCGACGGCGGAGGACCGCUGGACGGCGGCUGAGGAGCCGCUGGCGUGGGCGCACUCGCGCGUAGCCGCCUACAACCCCGCGCAACGACUCUUUAAGUGCACCGACUGCGAGUGCGUGGGCUUCCUGGCGCGCGUGGCGGAGCACUGGCUGGGCACGCACUCGCAGGCGCGCGCCUUCCAGUGCCCGCUGGCGGGCUGCGGGUUCGCGAGCGGCUGGGCGCGCGCCGUGCGCCAGCACCUGGCGCGCGACCACCACUCCGACCCCGCCGCCGCCGACCACCUGCUGCGCGACAACCCCGCGCUGGACGACCUCACGCGCUACUUGCAGCGACUCAAGACUAAGGUAGAGACCGCGCGCACCGAAAGACGUACCGUCGCCAGCACUGUGGUGGCGAGCGCGGUCGUCGGCGAGGCGACCGCGCCGCAGUCCGAGAGCGGCGGCGAGGGCGGGAAGCGCUACGCCUGCGCCGCGUGCCCGUACGCAACCGACCGCAGGGAUCUGUUCACGCGCCAUGAAAAUAUUCACCGUGACGAAAAACCAUUCCACUGCUAUCUGUGCCAGAAGCAGUUCAAUAGGGCCGACCACGUCAAAAAACACUUUCUUCGCAUGCACAGAGAUCAGCCAUAUGAUUUGAAUAGAAUUCGGCGAACUAAUGUCAAGAGUGCGGGAAACGGAGGGUCGACGACGAUGUACUGCAGUGGGCAAGCCGGUGCCGGCGCCGUGGCCACUGCGACCAAAGCUGCGGACGCGGCGCUGCCCACGCUACCGCCGGCGCCCCCCGCCGAGUGCCGUGCGCCACCCGUCAAGCUAGAGCGCGCGCCGCUCGUCAAGACCGACACGCCGGCGACCGCGACUCACAAACCCAGUGCGUCGAGUCCGGUCAGGCGUAAGCAGGGGGAGCGGCGGUACGCUUGCUGCUACUGCGCGUGGUCCGGUGUGGACAACUGGUGCCUGAAGCGGCAUCUCAACACUCACCUGAAGCCGUUUGCAUGCGCGCUGUGCGAGUACAAGGCGGCGCGUGCCGAGCGCCUCGCCACGCACGUGCACAAAGUGCACAACAAGAAGGCCUGCGCCAAGUGUCCCUUCCUGGCGGACGAUCAGCAGCAGUUGGCGCUUCAUCUGCGCGACGCACACCACAUCGAGAGCCGCAACUUGAAGGUGCCGUCGGGAGUGAACCGCGGCGGGUUCGCGGGUGGCGCGCCGCAGGCGGCUCCCGGGAGCGCGGUGGCGCCGGGCCCGUUGCCGGGGGCGGGCACGCAGGCCGUGGGCGGCGCGGGCGCGAGCAGCGCGGCGGCGGGCGGCGCGGGGGCGGGUGGAGCGGCGGCGGGCGGCGGGCGGCGGCGCGAGAGCAGGGCGGCGGGCGCGGCGCGGCUGUUCGGUUACCUGGAGGCGUCGGACGGCUCGGGCGACGAGUACGAGCCGCCGCCGCUGCCCGCCGAGUUCGGCGCGGCGCCGCACUACGCGCGCGACAAGGAAAACGCCGCGCCGCCGCCGCUGCACCACGCCCUGCACCACGACCACUGCCUCCGCUACUAGAUACACUACCUUCUGCUCCGACAACAAUAAACCUCUGUAUUAUAA